GUGGCAUAUCAUCCGUAUCAUUUAGUGAACCCGAGUCCAUGGCCAUGUGUGGGGGCAUGUGGGGCACUUUUUACGACAUCGGGGGCGGUAGCAUAUUUUCAUUAUAGUAUGCCGUGAGUUUUAAUAUUGGGUUUAUUAGUGAUAGUCGGGACAAUGGUGGGUUGGUGAAGAGAUGUGAUAAGAGAAGGAUCCGUAGAUGGCUGCUAUACACAGGUGGUGCGGCGGGGAUUAAAGCUUGGUAUGAUUUUAUUUAUUGUGUCAGAAGUUUGUUUAUUCUUUUCAUUCUUUUGGGCUUUCUUUCACAGUAGUUUAGCACCUGCAAUAGAAAUCGGAGCAGUGUGGCCACCGAAAGGAAUUGAACCAUUAAAUCCCUUUUCGGUACCAUUAUUGAAUACGGCAGUAUUAUUGAGUUCUGGGGCCACGGUAACGUGGGCGCAUCAUGCGAUAAUUAGUGGCCAAAGAGAAGAGGCAAUCAGGGGGUUGUCAUUAACAGUACUAUUGGGGAUAAUAUUCACAGGGUUGCAAGCAAUGGAAUAUUACGAAGCCCCAUUUGCAAUUUCGGACUCCGUAUACGGGGCUACAUUUUUUGUAACAACCGGGGCGCAUGGUGCGCAUGUAAUUAUCGGGAGCACUUUCCUGGGGGUUUGUUUGGUACGAUUGGCAUAUAAUCAAUUCUCUCGGGGUCGACACUUAGGGUUUGAGGCGGCAGCAUGGUAUUGACAUUUUGUGGAUGUGGUCUGAUUAUUUCUAUACAUUUUUAUGUAUUGGUGGGGUUCAUAA